AUGGCUGCUAACUCUGUUUCGCUUUCCAUCCCCCACACCGUCGCUGCCUCCAAGAAUCUCCAUUCAAUUCAGAGCCGCGCGUUGAUCGCUCCACGAACCAUUUGCUUCCCGUUGGGUUCUAAAACUGGGGAUUUAUCUUUGUCUUCCAAGACUGUUUCCAUGUCUCGUGUCCGAGCCGGUGCGAGUCAGCUGAUGAACGAACCUGUCGACGAGAAACGCUCCAUCACUUCCCCAACAGUCGUCCAAGUUGAUUUAGGCAACCGGAGUUAUCCGAUCUAUAUCGGCGCCGGCUUGCUCGAUCAAUCACAACUUCUCCAAAGGCAUGUUCACGGGAAGAGGGUGCUUGUGGUGACUAAUGAGCGCGUUGCUCCUCUUUACCUGGACAAGACUGUAGAGGCUUUGACUAGAGGUAAUCCAAACGUCACCGUGGAGACUGUUAUUUUGCCUGAUGGAGAGAAAUUCAAGGACAUGGAUACUCUGAUGAAAGUAUUCGACAAGGCAAUUGAGUGUCGCCUAGAUAGACGAUGCACAUUUGUUGCGCUUGGAGGCGGUGUCAUAGGCGAUAUGUGUGGAUACGCCGCUGCCUCUUACCUGCGUGGUGUUAAUUUCAUCCAGAUUCCUACCACUGUUAUGGCACAGGUUGAUUCGUCUGUAGGUGGCAAGACAGGCAUAAACCAUCGUCUUGGAAAGAAUAUGAUUGGUGCAUUUUACCAACCACAGUGUGUGCUAGUUGACACGGACACGUUGAACACACUGCCAGAUAGGGAGAUGGCUUCAGGCCUAGCUGAAGUGAUCAAGUACGGGCUUAUCAGGGAUGCCGAAUUCUUUGAAUGGCAGGAGAAGAACAUUGAGGCCUUGCUGGCAAGGGAUCCAGCUGCGUUAGCUUAUGCUAUAAAGCGAUCAUGUGAGAACAAGGCAGAUGUUGUGUCACAAGACGAGAAAGAAAGCGGCUUGCGAGCGACCCUGAAUUUGGGUCAUACAUUUGGCCAUGCCAUAGAAACUGGCUUCGGGUAUGGAGAGUGGCUCCAUGGAGAAGCUGUUGCAGCUGGCACGGUAAUGGCAGUGGACAUGUCAUAUCGUCUUGGUUGGAUCGACGACUCGAUAGUUGAGAGAGUGAACAACAUCUUAAAACGAGCGAAAUUGCCAACAACCCCACCAGAGAGCAUGACGGUCAACAUGUUCAAGUCCAUAAUGGCGGUGGACAAGAAGGUGGCAGACGGGCUGCUGAGGCUCAUUCUUCUGAAAGGUCCGCUGGGAAACUGCGUCUUCACCGGAGAUUAUGAUCGGGAGGCGUUGGAUGCCACGCUCCGUGAAUUCUCCAAAUCCUGA